AUGGAGAAGCACCAUCUCGGGGUGGAGGACGGGGCACCUGCACAGGAGAUGAGGCCAGAUACAGAAACCAGCCAAAGUUCUCAAUAUGGUUUUGAAUCACUACCCCAGAAGAUUUGUCUCAUCUGCGGUGAUGAGGCUUCUGGUUGCCACUAUGGAGUACUUACCUGUGGAAGUUGUAAAGUCUUCUUUAAAAGGGCAAUGGAAGGGCAGCACAACUAUUUGUGUGCUGGAAGAAAUGACUGCAUAGUGGAUAAAAUUCGUAGGAAGAACUGUCCAGCGUGUCGCUUGAGGAAGUGCUGUCAAGCUGGUAUGGUCCUGGGAGGUCGAAAAUUUAAAAAGUUUAACAAAAUUAAGGUUGUGAGAACAUUAGAUGUCGCACUCCAGCAGCCAGCAACACUUCAAGAUGAAAGCCAAUCUCUAACCCAAAGGCUGUCCUUUUCUCCAAAUCAAGAAAUACAGUUUGUUCCCCCAAUGAUAAGUGUUCUACGAGGCAUUGAACCAGAAGUUGUCUAUGCUGGUUAUGACAAUACAAAACCCGAAACACCAAGUUCCUUGCUGACCAGUCUAAAUCAUCUUUGUGAGAGGCAACUUCUUUGUGUAGUCAAGUGGUCUAAAUUGCUACCAGGAUUUCGGAAUUUACAUAUUGAUGAUCAGAUAACCCUCAUCCAGUAUUCCUGGAUGAGUCUAAUGGUUUUUGCAAUGGGAUGGAGAUCGUACAAACAUGUCAGUGGUCAGAUGUUAUAUUUUGCACCAGAUCUGAUUCUAAAUGAACAGAGGAUGAAAGAAUCAUCGUUCUAUUCCCUGUGUCUAUCCAUGUGGCAGCUCCCACAGGAAUUUGUCAGACUUCAAGUUAGCCAAGAAGAGUUCCUAUGUAUGAAAGCACUGUUACUUCUCAACACAAUUCCUUUGGAAGGUCUAAGAAGUCAAAGUCAAUUUGAUGAGAUGAGAACGAGUUACAUUAGAGAACUGGUGAAAGCAAUUGGUUUGCACCAGAAAGGGGUUGUGGCCAACUCGCAACGUUUCUAUCAACUUACAAAACUGAUGGAUUCCAUGCAUGAUCUAGUGAAACAGCUCCAUCUCUUCUGUCUGAACACAUUUCUCCAGUCCCGUGCACUGAGUGUUGAAUUCCCCGAGAUGAUGUCAGAGGUGAUUGCUGCCCAGCUACCCAAGAUUCUGGCAGGGAUGGUGAAACCUCUUCUCUUUCACAAAAAGUGA